AUGUUGCAUUCGGAAGUCAUCGGCGCUGUCGUCCUCGCCUGCAAUGGGGACAGGACAGCAGCAUACCAAGACCCAAUAACGUAUGAAGCCGGCCCAACCCUCACCACCCCUCUUGGAGAGGUAUCGUCAUACCAACUGUACACGCAGCAUUUCCAGUCUCACGAACCUACUUUCAAUCUACAGGUCCAAUCCUACCAGCUCGGUGCACAGCUACGAGAUAUUUACUUGGACCACGACAGCCCCUCACGCAUCUUCGGUGUCGAUGCUGACCUUGUUGACUUCAGCCAAAUCCAUGUAAUCAUCAAAGCAGGUGCAGAAGGUCCGGCAGCUUUCAGCUCUGGCAUGGGGCUCCUGCAAGGGCUCUUCCCUCCAAGCACAGAUCAUAAUAUUCUGCUCUCUAAUGGAACCAAGGUUGUCGCGCCUCUCGGGGGCUACCAAUACGUCCCAGUUGAAACAGUCGACCCGAGCAAUGAUCACUCUCUGGAAAGCUGGAUAGACUGUCUUGCGUUCGAAAAGCAUGUAAAGGAGGUGCAAGAAUCGUCCGAAUUCAUGCAAGCUACAAGGGCAUCGCAGCAGUUCUUCAACGUGAUGCAAGAUUUUAUGGUUGGAAGAGCUGCUAGCUUGGAGAAUGCGUACAACCUCUGGGACUUCGUCUCAACCCAGCGCACUCAUAAUAUGACCUAUGCUUAUCGUCUUCCUCCUACUCUCGUUGAACAGGCGCGAGGAUGGGCCAACUUCCGAGAAAAUCUUAUCUUUUCCGACCCUGAGCCGACCGGGAUUGGGAAUAGUCGAACUGCGCUCAGUCCUAUAAUCGGCUUCCUCCAGGAUAUCGCAUAUAAUGACGAGCCUCUCAAGCUCAUGAUCAUCGAGGCUACUUAUCAACCUUUCAUAUCGAUGUUCCACAUGACUGGAGCAGUAGACGCUCUUCAUGCGUUAGCUGGAAUUCCUGACUUCGGGUCUGCUCUUGUCAUUGAGCUCCGGCAAACGCAAGACGCAGACACGCGCCACGCCUUACGUUUUAGAUUUAAGAAUGGCACUGUCAAGGAUUUUAGAACUUUAGAAAUCUUCGGGCACAGGGAUGACAUCCCGCUUACUGAGUUUAUCUUUCGUCUCGAGACCUCGAUUAUCAACACUCGCGAUCAAUGGGCUAAAUCCUGUGGCGUUCGCUCGCUCUUGCCCGAGCUGCAGGGGGCUGCCGGUAGACCCGACGUCGUUGUAAAGGCGGGAUGUGGUGUCGCGCUUGUCUGCAUCUUGACGCUUGCGCUGUGGCUGCUGUAUAAGGCCAAAUUUGGAAGCGCUAAGCAUUUAACCUAUCUUGAAUUACGGGAUGAAGAGGCCGCAGCGGACCUGUUUCCCAUCAAUAUCUUUGACUCACCAUGA